AUGGUUGGAUUUGCACAUAGUCUUUUACUAUUAUUACAAUAUCCUGAUUUUACAAAGCUUACAGAAAAUACAUCAUCAUCUACAUUAUUUACGGGUGAUUCAACCGAGCUCAAAAUUCAACAAGAUUUUGAUCGAACUGAAGAUAACCCAGCUAAAUAUUUCAUUACCUCAUUUCUUUCAACAUAUAAUUGGUUAAGUGGUAAUUUUUUACAACAGGACGCAUGGAAUUUUUGGCCAGUAAAAGUUAUCACUUUUAUUGGUAGCAUUCUUUUGGUAACCAUUCUACAAAAUAUGUUUAUUGCUUUUAUGGGUGGGGUGUUUACUAAAGCAUAUGAGAAAGGUCAUGUUACAUUUUUACGAUUUUGUGCAGCAUUAAUUUUAGAUUAUGAGGCAUUAGAUGAAAUAUAUUUUUCUCCUCCAUCACCAGAACCAAAAUAUAUUUAUUAUAUAGAUAAAUCAAUAAGUUAUAAUGAAUGGGAAAUGGUUGAAAGAAAUUUAACAUAUGAGGAUGAUGAUGAUAGUUCUGAAAGUGAAAAACAGAAUGAAACGACUAGUGUUAAAGAGUUUAAUAAUGAGGUUAAGAAAGAAAAAGAAAAAGAAAUUAUUAUUACUGAGCGUGAUAAUAAAGUUGUUAAGGAAGAAGAUAUUAACAUUAAUGAACUGAAUAAAAAGAUUAAUGAUCUUAAUAAUAAGAUUAAUGAUAAUAAUAGCAGGAAUGAUGAGCUCAAUAGUAAGAUUAAUAAAUUAUUUAAUGCAAUCAAUGGAAAAUUUGAGAUCUAA